GACUCAGACGCCAAACCGGUUCACUCCCCGUGCAACAAAAGCAUAGAUAUCAACGAACGCGAAGCGGGAAAAGGGAAGUGCUCUUUCCACUGGUAUAGAAGCCCAUGGCGCCAGUAUUGCCGAGCUCGCAACCAUGGGUUGAGAAAUAUCGGCCUAAGCAAGUGAAGGAUGUGGCUCACCAGGACGAGGUCGUUCGUGUCCUCACCAACACCCUCGAGACCACUAAUUGCCCACAUAUGCUCUUUUAUGGCCCUCCUGGUACCGGCAAGACCACCACCGCAUUGGCCAUCGCCCACCAGCUUUUUGGGCCUGAACUCUACAAGUCCAGAGUUUUGGAACUAAAUGCAAGUGAUGAUCGUGGUAUCAAUGUUGUCCGGACUAAGAUAAAGGAUUUUGCUGCAGUGGCUGUACGUUCUGGUCAGCAUGGAGGGGAUUACCCUUGUCCACCGUAUAAGAUCAUUAUACUAGAUGAGGCAGAUUCAAUGACUGAAGAUGCUCAGAAUGCUCUGAGACGUACGAUGGAAACUUACUCCAAAGUUACGAGAUUCUUUUUCUUAUGCAAUUAUAUCAGCAGGAUCAUAGAGCCUCUUGCUUCAAGAUGUGCCAAAUUCAGGUUCAAGCCACUUUCAGAAGAAAUUGUGAGCAGUCGUAUAUUGCACAUUUGCAAUGAAGAAGGCCUUAGUCUGGAUGCAGAGGCUCUUUCAACCUUAAGCUCUAUAUCACAAGGUGAUCUUCGUCGGGCUAUCACAUACUUGCAAGGAGCUGCUCGCUUAUUUGGAUCAACAAUUUCGUCUAAGGACCUAUUAAGUGUGUCUGGGGUCAUUCCACAAGAGUUUUUAGGUGCACUUUAUGCAGCAUGCAAAAGUGGGGACUUUGAUUUGGCCAACAAGGAGGUCAAUAAUGUAAUUGCAGAAGGCUAUCCAGUCUCUCAGAUGCUUGUUCAGUUAUUUGAGCUAGUAGUUGAAGCAGAUGAUGUAUCAGAUGAACAGAAAGCUCGAAUAUGCAAGAGUUUGGCUGCAGCUGAUAAGUGUCUGGUUGAUGGCGCAGAUGAAUACUUGCAGCUGCUGGAUGUGGCCAGCAACACAAUGCGGGCUCUUUGUAACAUGCCGCAAGAAUUCUCUUAUGAGAGUUAGCUAGCUCUCCAACCCUACAAAUGAUGUGGGUGCUGCAGAUUUGCAGGCAUGAAAAGGGUGUAGAACUACAGUGUCUUGUCACUGGCACACGCAAGUGCUUAUUGAACCAGAUGAGAAUGUUUUACAUUCGCCUUUGCUUCAAUAAUUUUCAAGAUGAUAUGACUAUGGUUCUGUUUGGCAUUGCUGUUCAAAUCUGCUGUUGCUGUUCUAAAACUGCUGAUGAGAAAACUGCUGUUUUGAAAAAGUAAUUUACCUGUUUGGUAAUAAAAUAGAAAGCUGCUGUUAAUAAAAAAAAAGCUGUUCAUUAUGUGUUUGGUUAAAAUUGCUGUUUAAACUGCCCUUA